UAAAGUUAUACAACAGCUGGUACUAUCUGUCCUUCUACAAUAUUUUAUUGUAGAAGGAUUAUCUGUCGUUCUACAAUACAAUAUUGAUAAGAAGAAGAUGGAGAUGGCUUGGACAUGUAUUAAGGAAACCAUCUGAUGACAUGACAAAAAUGGCAUUGCGUUGGACACCAAAGGGAAAACGCAAAAGAGGGAGACCCAAAACAACCUGGAGGCGAACCAUCGAAGGAGAGAUGAAGACAAGAGGAUACAGCUGGAACAGCAUUGAGAAGAAAGCAAACAACAGAGAUGAGUGGAGAUCCUUAGUCCGUGCCCUAUGUGCCACCAGGCGCAACAAGGACUAACGAAAUUUGAGCGGCUUCCCGAUCACAGGCAUCACACAGCCAAGAUGGUUAAAAAAGGGAUGGUGCUUAUUGUCGUGCUGGGUGUGACCAGCAUGUCUGUGUUCUGGAGAGUAAACAUGACACCGCCACGCCCCUGUGCUUGUGACAGGUGUUUAUCUGAAGAUGAUUCCUGGUUCACUCAGCGUUUCAACAAAUCUGUUGAACCAUUUCUGUCAGCAAACUACAAUCUGUCAGAGGACGCUUUCAACUGGUGGAAGCGGUUACAGGUUGAACGACGCAGCUUCAGUACCUACAGAAGAACAGUGGACAGGCUGUUCCAGAUGUUCCCACCCAGUCCAGUAGUUAUAGAACCCAGACCUGACCGCUGCAGGACUUGUGCUGUGGUGGGGAACUCUGGGAAUCUGAAGAGAUCACAUUAUGGACCUCUCAUAGAUUUCCAUGACGUCAUCAUACGAAUGAACCGUGGUCAUAUCAAAGGCUAUGAAGCGGAUGUUGGGAGCAGAACAACUCAUCGGGUCAUGUAUCCAGAGAGCGCUGUGGAUUUAGAUAACUCCACCCAUCUAGUGCUGGCUCCAUUUAAGAUACUAGAUCUUGAGUGGGUCAUGAAGGCCCUCACCACUGGAUUCUCUGGAAAGUCAUACGCGGCAAUAAAGUCAAAUAUCAAGGCUAACAAGGAUUUGGUGAUGGUCAUGAACCCAGCUUUCAUGAGGUAUGUUCAUGACAUGUGGCUGCAAAAGAAGGGCAUGUAUCCAUCCACUGGCUUCAUGGGUGUGGUUCUUGCCCUGCACAUUUGUGACGAGGUCCAUGUGUUUGGUUAUGGAGCAGACAGUGAUGGGAACUGGAGCCAUUACUGGGAAAAACUCACAAACAAGAAGUUUAGAACUGGAGGACAUCCUGGGAAUCAUGAGUAUGGGGUCAUCCAGGAGCUAGCUAUGCAACGAAAACUCACGUUUUAUACAGGGUGGUAAUCUUACUCUCAGCAUUUAAAGCCUUAUACAUCUCUUCUGGGACUGACUCCCUUUGCUGCAAACAUUAACCCUUUGUAGAUUAAAACUGUGAGUGGAGAAUCAUCCAGAUCUAUUGAAAGGGAAUAAGCUACAUGUAAAAUAAAUGUGACUGAUCCCGUUGAGGGUGUUUAAGCUACCCAAACUGAGUCAGUGACAUGAAUCUAAGCCAAUGAAAUGUAGGAUAACAACUGUUCUAAGCUGCUGUGUGCAUAUUUUGCUGUGUUUUCAUUGUUUAUUUAUCGUCAUUUUGCGCUGUAUAAAUACAUAAAUUAAGUAGUAAGUUCUGGGUAAAAAAAACAUGUUUGAAUUGAAAUCCGAACAUGGCAGCAUGUUACAAAGCACUGAUUGCUUUUGAUGUGAUGACAUUUUUAAAUAUUUUGUCUGCUGAAUGUUUGGCCUAAUAACAUCAUCUUUUCACUGUGACAAUGUUAAAAUACCAGAACAAAAAUUGCCUUUGGAAGAUUAGCUGUAGGUAAUAGUAGAAGGACUUGAAGUGUUUCCUCAGACACUGAUCUUUGUGUUUUUACACAAUAUAUGUGAAUCUCCUGGUCAUGUCUAUGCAGAUGUCACUUUUGAAGGAGUGACAGAUUAUUUGCUUGUGUUACUGACUGGUAGACAAAAUAUAAAAAUAUAUAUCAAAAAAUGUAUAUACUCUAUAGAUCGAUAGCAAACAGAAUAGACAAGUGGCUCUAUGAUUGUGACACAAUAAUAUUCCAUUAAUAAUAAUAAUAAUACAUUUUAUUUGGUGGCGCCUCUCAAGACACCCAUAAACUUAACUUAUUAACUGAAAGUUAUGGAUAAAAGCUGUGCCCGAAUCUCUUCUUGUUUAUAUGGAAUAAAAAAUGUUGGGUUGGUGAAGUACUUUACCUUAAAGCACAUUUUAGUUUUUGCCUUUUCUUUUGUUUUAGGUGCACUUCCCUCUAUUUUAGUUAUUCUUCUGUAUGUGUUACUUGUUGCUAUUUACAUUUUUUAAUGUUAAGCAUAUUGAAUUUACUUCUAAUGAAAUAUGUUAAUGGAUGUGCCUUAAACUUAACUCAAAUGUUUCCAAUAAAAACUAUGAAUUUGUGUCACAAAUAUUUAGCUUUAGAAGAUAAAUAAAAUGAGUUCAUCACAUUAUGUCACAACUUUAAUUUUUCAUCCAAAGCAAACUGCAAUAAGUGCAUUCAACCUCCACAGGAACAAGAGUUAGAUGGCAGAAAAAUUUACAGAAAGUACUGGAUUGCACCUCAGACAAAAAAACAAGUAUCACACAGAUACAAGGUUUUAGAUUAGGCAA